CCUUAAGUCGGACGUAGAAGGGCUGAAGCUUAAUCUUACACAGCAUCUGUUUGGCCAACAUAUCGUUCAGGAUGUGCUGGUCAAUGCUAUCGGAGCCCAUUUCGACACUAUUGAAUUGUCGCGGAAGCCGCUGGUUAUGAGCUUCCAUGGGACCUCCGAUUGAUUUGCAACACACCAUAUUAAAUAGCCUUCGGCAGUGUCCCGAAUCGUUGUUCAUUUUUGAUGACGUGGAAGAAAUUCCAUCCGGAAUAGUAAACUACAUCGUGCAUAUGUUGAACCACAAUGUGGUUUUAGACGGCGUCAGUUUAUCCAAAGCUAUGUUUGUAUUCAUAACGAACGUCGGUGGUGUAGAGAUAUCGAACAUCCUGCUAAAUAUGUUGAAAAACGGAAAAACUAGAGAGGAAGCAGACUAUUACGAUUUCGAACGUGCUUUACAACUGGCUUCCUACAAAUACGAAAAUACUGGUUUCUUCCGUAGUCACUUGGUUGAUUCCCAUGUCGUUGACUAUUACAUACCGUUUCUUCCUUUAGAAGCAUCACAUGUCCGGUCCUGCAUAAUGCAAGAAUUUUCAUUAUACAAUAUCACAAAGUCACAAAUAGACGAGGACAUUUUAAGAAUGGUGAUGAAACACGUUACAUUUGAAGAAAUAUUCGUUAACGGCGGUUGCAAAAGGAUAAGCAAAAAAGUCGCAGCUAUUGUGAGGGAUCAUUUUCUCCAUUUGUGAAUCGAAGGACACAAACUGAAAAAGGGGUACCAUCUGUGGCAACCGUUUUGGAUGAAAUGGAACGAGAUACAACAGCAAAAAGCACCUGCUACCUCCGUAGACUGAUUUUAUCUCUUGAUUGUAUAUAGGCUUUAUGCUAAUAUAAUAAGAUUUAUUUACACAAAAUAAACAAUUGAACAAAUUAUCUAACAGAAAGU